CCUACACGCCCCUCCCUUCUUUUAUACCCCUUUGGCAAAAGACCUCUUGUCCUUAUUGCUCAAGUGGUACUUUUAAGAUAUGCCUCAAGAGGUAGACACUCUGAGCAAAGUUGGGCGCGGCGGAGCAGGCAACUAUGUUUCCUCAAAGCAAGCUGCGGAGGCAUCCAAAGACCUCGAAGCGCAAGAACUGAGAGCCAUUUCCUCCGCCCCGUCCACGGCCCCGUCACCAGGAUCCGCAAGGGCAGGCCGUGGAGGCGCCGGCAACUUCGCCGACCCGACACAGGCCGCGCAGAGCCAGGGCCAGCUCGCAGACGAGACGGGCGCCGCGGUGGCCUCACGCCUGAAGAGGCAUCCGCAACCUCACAGGGCAGGAUGGUCGGGCCGUGGCGGGGCUGGCAACUUCAACGCGGACCAGGCUGCUGAGAACGAGAGGCGGCAGGAAGAGGAAGAGAGGAGCAAGGUGGCUGAGCUGGAUAAGAAGAUUAAGGAGGCCGUUGAGGGGGCAUUGAGGCCUCCCGAGAGGGCACAUCAGCAUCAGAGAAAAGAGGAGGAGGAGGAAGAGCCAUGAGGGACUUAUUUGUGCGCGUGUAUGUGUAAUGAACUGCUAUGACUGAGGCUGUUCCGAGGCCCUUGAUGAAUGGUGGAUAUAGAUCUACAAGAACAGAUCUCCAAAAUGCACGGAGACCCUACGUUUAAUGAAGAAUGUAUUAUAUAGCACUUAUACACCCUCCUAAUAGCUAUAUACACUUCUGGGGGC